AUGGAGGGACCUUUGUUGAGCAAGAGUGAUAGCGAUUCUUCAUCAAAUGAUCAUGAGCACAUCGUCGACAUGACUGCCGAUGAGCAAACACCACCACAUGAGGCUGAGGAUGUGCAAUCAUCGGCUGGUUCAUCCACAAAUCCAAUUAAUGUUUGGAAUUUGAUCGAGUUUGUUUUGAAUUUGGUCCAGAUUGUUGCAGCCAUUGUAGUUGUGACUCGGGCAAAAGAUGAACAUGCACAAGUAUGGAUCGUGAGUUACACUUGUGGCUGUAUUGCCACUCUCCCUAUUCUAGUUUGGCGUUUUUGGCAACAUAAACCAUGUGUUGGCGCAUACACAAGGCUCAACGAAGUGAUGGACUUGUGGUCGAAGGUGAUUGAAUAUCUCUUCGUGGGUUGGGUUGUGUUGCUUUUAUGGUAUUUGACUGAUAGCUUAUCAUCUCUAGACAACACUACUCAACACUUCUGGUUAUGUGUGGCUUUUCUUGCUUUCAGUUUCAUUCGAUACGUGAUACCUAAACUAUUAUGUGCAACGAUGGGUUUAUGUUUCCUCUCCAAAGUAGUUGCUGAAACCAUUAUGGAAGUCGUUCAAGUCACCUUGCAGAGCAUCUUCGUUGUAUUCUAUAUGUGUUUUGCUGCAGAUAAUUAA